AUUUUAAUGAAAAAAUCCUAACUGUUUUAUAAAACAGGAUUUUGUUUUUUCAUUGUGUUUUUUUAUUAUGACAAAUAUUAUGGCAAGUGUUGAUUUAAAAAAUUGGCCAAUCCUUAGUCUGCUUAAUCGUGAAUUUAUCAGUGAGAUUCAUACAAUACUUGUUUUUGGAUUACUUGGCAAUGAAGUGUUGAUAGUAACAAAAGACGGUAAAGUAUACGCACUAGGAAGCAACACGUCAGGGUGUUUGGGCACAGGUGACACUCACAGCACUUUGUAUCCUGUCAAAAUAGAAGCUCUGACUCUAAAAGGCGUCAAGACAUUUGCAUUUGGCGUAGGACCUCAUGUCCUGGCACUUACUAAUAAAGGAGAAGUUUACUCAUGGGGGCAUAAUGGCUAUUGUGAGCUAGGAAAUGGAUCAUCUAAUCAAAAUCCAUUGCCAAGUAAGGUUGCUUCUAAUUUUGAGGACAAACCUAUCGUUGCAAUUGCUUGUGGUAGCCAUCAUUCAUUGGCACUGACUGAAGAUGGAGAGGUUUAUGGAUGGGGACAAAAUACUUGCGGACAAGUUGGAAGUGGUAUAAGUACUAAUCAAAAUACUCCACGUAAAAUAAAUUCUGGAUUAGCUGGUAAAAAAAUAAUUCAGAUAUCAUGCGGACAAACAUCAAGUGUUGCCGUUACUAAUAACGGUGAGGUUUAUGCAUGGGGUAAUAACAGUGUUGGCCAAUUAGGAGUUGGUACUUACAUUAAUCAAUUAAGUCCUCAAAAAGUCACUGGACUGACUGGAAUUGUAAUUGCUAAAGUUGUUUGUGGCUAUUCACAUACAAUGGCACUGAGUGACGAAGGCGAUGUUUACGUAUGGGGAGGCAAUGGAUAUGGACAAUUGGGUUUAGGAACUAAAUCGAAUGCAUGCCAACCGGUUAAACUGACCAUCGGAGAUAUGGGUAGAGUAAGUGACAUUGCAGCAAUACACUGUAAUCACAUAAGUGCAGCAUUAGCUGAGGGUGGAAAAAUUUAUAUGUGGGGUCAAUGUCGGGGUCAAACAGUGACAACACCAACAGUCACUCCAUUAUUGCACUUACACGAUGUACUUGCUUGCUACUCAACACCAAGUGUUAUGCACGAGCCACUCGUACUCUAUGCUGAAGAUGAAACAAGUAUUUUGGAUUGUUUAAAACAAGCCUUUGAUGAUUCUACUCACAGUGAUUUGACAAUACAAGUACAGGGAAAACCUAUUUAUGUACAUAAAGCUGUUUUAAAAAUACGCUGUCAAUAUUUUAGAUCAAUGUUUCAAGAGCAUUGGACUGAAAACAAUCAAUCUGUUAUUGUGCAUGAUGAAUUUUCAUAUGAUGUUUAUAGAUCAUUUUUAAAAUAUUUAUACACUGAUCAAGUUGAUUUACCACCUGAAAAUGCAUUAGAACUCAUGUAUCUUGCAAAUGCGUAUUUUGAAACACAACUAAAAGGAAAAUGUGUACAAAUGAUAAAACGCGGGAUAACUAUAAAUAAUGUUGCUUUUUUAUAUAAAACUGCGAUUGAAUACAGUUCCAAAGAAUUAGAAGACUUUUGUUUUAAAUUUGCAUUAAACCAUAUGACAGCAGUAAUCCAAACAUCUCACUUUUCAAAACUAGACGAAGCAACAUUAAAGACAUUUAUUACCAAAGCUGCUCAUGCCGGUGCAUUUAAAACAUGAGUAAAUAUUAUCGGGACAAUAUAUUAUAUUAUAUCUUUAUUAUUGAAGUAAUUAAUCAUCACUAUCUAUUGCAUCACUAUAUUAAAUUUUAUUCCAUA